GAGUUGUUUCUGCUUUCAACAAUCUGCAUUGCUCUAUUAUUAUUUUCAGUUGAAAUUUAACUAGAAAAUUUAUGUUCUGCCCUCUAUAAUUUUCAAUAUUGUUAUUAUUGUUUCGAUUGAUCUAAAGUGUUUUCACAUUUCGGAUGUUUUGUGACGCAUUUGAAACAUGUAUGACCGCGGAUGCGUUACGGGCCGCAGUUCAUUGCCUUAUGUAAAACUGGAAAUGGUGUUUCUUCCGUGAGUGACCGAAAUAUACAGUGACUUAUGUGUAUAGUGUUAGCAUUGAAGCCAGUGAUUGUGAAUUGUGUGUUAUAAUGUCUAAUUCAACAGCUCAAGUGUUAAUGAAAAAGGGUAAAAGGGGCGCAGCUGCAUAUAUACAUGCGGACUGCGCCAGUGGGUCGCCACAGCACUUAGGACCACUUCUAGACGUGCUGCUGAACCCUAGCAAGGCUAUUGACGAAUGGGAGACAAUAGAUUGGUGUCGGUGGUUGUUGGCCGGUGGGAGAACACCAGACGAAUUUGCAGCCGUUGUGCGCAGCUACGACAAACAUGACAAAUGCGGUCUGGUGUGGAUCCCGCGCGUGGUGGCGUACCGCUGCCGCACGUGCGGCAUCUCGCCCUGCAUGUCCAUCUGCCGCGACUGCUUCCACCGCGGCGACCACUCUAACCACGACUUCAACAUGUUCCUGUCGCAGGCCGGCGGCGCCUGCGACUGCGGCGACAACUCCGUCAUGAAGGAGGACGGAUUUUGUAGUAACCAUGGAAACAAGUGCCCGAGGACGGGCGCCGCGCCAGCGGAGCUGAUGUGUGUGGCUGAAGCCAUGAUGCCUCGGCUCAUACUUCGUUUGCUGCAGCAUUUUAGAGAAAACAGUUGGGGGCCGCAAACGACGUCGGACAGCUACCGUAUCGCUGUACAAGAGUGCGAGGGCUACGUGCAAAUGCUCAUGGAGUUCAACAACAUGGGCGACCUCAUGCGCUCCGCCAUGACUAAGGCGCUCAUUAACCCACAGAUGUACCGCAACUUGGUGGAGCCACCGUUCCCGGAUACGGAGUACGGACGCUACAUGGCCGAGUCUAACAAGAUGUACGAGAAGGCCAUCGAAUCCUUUCCUGCGCCUGAGCCGCCCGACGAGUACCGGCACUUGGCCGCGCUGGCACCUCGGCUGACGCACCACACACUGCUGGAUGAGUUCAUCUUCUGGACCUUCAAGUACGAGUUCCCGCAGAAUGUCGUCUGCUUCCUGCUCAACAUGCUGCCCGAUCAGGACUAUAAGGAGCACCUGACGCGCACGUUCGUGCUGCACUACGCGCGCAUCCCGCUGGUGCUGGAGCAGGCGGCCGACCCCGACACGCUGUCCAACCGCGUGGUGCACAUGUCCGUGCAGCUGUUCAGCAACGAGGCGCUGGCGCUGCGCUGCGUGCAGCAGCUGCAGCUGCUGCACGUCAUGGUGCUGUCGCUGCGCCUCAUGAUGGGCCGCAUCCUGGUGCCCAGCACGCUGCACCACGCGCACCGCCACCGCGUCAUCGACUGCACCAAGCGCCUCAUGAAGGAGCACUGCUACUGGCCGCUCGUCUCCGACUUCAACAACGUGCUCUCGCACAAGAGCGUCGCGCUGCUCUUCCUGCAGGACGACUCGCUCGUCGACAUGUGGUUCGAGUUCCUCUCCAUGCUGCAAGGCAUGAACGUGAACGUGCGCGAGACGGGCGGGCACAUCGAGUUCGAGCCGUCGUCGUACUACGCGGCGUUCUCGUGCGAGCUGGAGGCGGCCGCGUACCCGAUGUGGUCGGUGCUGAGCCACCUGUGCGAGCCCGCGCACGCGCCGCUCGCGCGCCGCAUGGUGGCCGCCGCGCUCGCCCGCCUGCGCGACUGGCUGCACGCCGCCAACCUCGCCUCGCCGCACGUGCACCGGACGGAGGCGAUGCACGCGUCGUUCCACUUCCCGCUGCAUCGCUACCUGGCGGCGUUCCUGUGUGCCGGUGUACGUUGCAUGGGGCUGCGGGCCGCGGAGCUGCUGCCCUCGCAGGAGCUGCUGGCGCUGCUCGCCGUGCACCCGCUGCGCGUGCAGAGCCUUUUCUACGAGAUUCUGGCGGGCGUGUGGGUGCGCAACGGGUUGCAGAUCAAAGGGCAAGCGAUGACCUACAUCCAGGCGAACUUCUGCAACUCCAUGGUGGACAUGGAUAUUUACUGGCUGCAGAUCUGCGCCGCGCACCUCCCCGCUGACCAGUUCCUCGACAUGUGCAUAGACAUGUAAGUGUUGUGUUAGCCAAAAAGCCAAGUAGUGUAAAAGAAUUUGAAUCUAUAAAAAUAAAUAAGAUUAAAGAGUCUGUUUGUAAUGUCAAAAUAAAACUUUUUACUAAAUGCUUAUGAAAGUAUUUUUACGUGAUAGAGCCAUGCUGCAGCUAUAUUAGUAGUAUAGUUGUAGCACGCAUGGGCCGGCUCGACUGGGGAAGCACCAUACUCUCACAGAAUAUCAGCGUAAAAUAGCAGUUUAAUGCUGCUGUGUUUCGUAUGGAGAGUGUAGAGAACCGGAGACCCUUUUUACUGGAAACGAGGCAUUCCAUCUUAGUCCUCACGGGUGACAACGUAUCUGCAUUUUGAUUCGUAAUUGAGGAUAGGUGUAGAUGUUUAUGGGCCGCAGCAACCACUUACCAUCAGGUGGACUGCGUGUUCGUUUGUCACCCUUAUCAUAAAAAACAAGUAUAAUACGGUAGGUACUUACAU